ACACAAGCCCACUCCACUGAACCAGGUUCCGUUUCACGUGUCCCCUUAGGCAAUUUCUUCGCACUCCAAGGUCCCAGGUAGUUUUUUAUUGUUGUUCGUAGUGGUCGCCUAGUGACCACACUCAUCUAGUGGAACUGGCUACUUACUGACUGUGUCGACGAGCCUACGAGUUGACACCAAACAGAGGGAGUACUUUUACAGAUAGAGACUCCAGCAAAACACAAGCGGAACUGAGCCCACAGAGUUCUACCUCCACGAUACAGAGGCACACAGGCAGUCAUAUGUGCCCCUGGAUAGGACCAAAAUUUCCUGCAGCUACUUCGUUAAUUACCUUGGUGCCUCCCUCUUCCUGUCACUGUCAUUUAUGCAGCACUGCGCGGACCUGUGAAAGUCGUUUGGUUCUAUUCUAAAUCAACUGCACUACAUUCCCGCAAAAAACUGUGGAGCAAAUGUAGACAAACAAAACAACACUGCAAUUUGUCUUGGUUAUUGAGCUGUCGCAUAUUGUGCUAAAGCGUGGGAGAAUGGCACUCAUACAGUUAAGACGUAAGGAGCCAUGUUGACUAUUAAUGACAUUGCUACAACAGCUCCCACUUAGGGGUUGCAUGUUCUGUCCAAUUUUGUCCCUGCUAAUCUCACAAUCAAGGAUGCCAAGGUACUAAUUCCUAAGACAGGGUGCAAUAAGUAUUCAGUCCAACUGAGUAAGGUAGCGCAGUAUGGUCUUUCUUGUCACGAAAGACCAAGAUUCAACCUCAUCCAAAUGGCAGAAGAGAGACAUGGCAACGUCUUGAAAACGUGGUAUUAUAGUGGAAGUGCUGCUCGUGAUUAUGGCACCAAGGAGCAGACGGUGAGCCAUGUUGUGGGGGAGCGCCCACUCCAUGCCUUUGAAGGCGGUCUGCCGUGCUUGUCCAAUCAUAGUUCUGGCUGCAUGUUUGUAUGUGAAUUCUUGUAUUUCAUCAGAAAUGAUCAGUUCGCCAGAAUAUGUUAGCAGACUCGCAUACCAGCCGUGAUGUACGCAACAAUUCCUGUCUGACACCUCGAUUCAUCUCUAAUGGGCUGGCGACCUCUAUCAAUGGGAAACGUAAAAGCUGGAGAAGGGCAAGUUCAGUUUAGUUUUCACUAUUCUAGUCUACAAAAUACAGUCAAGUUUCAGAGUAUCAUCUGUCACAUAAGCUGACUCCAUUUUAUUUUGAAAGGUUGAAUAACAUGGAAUGGAACAUGACAACGCUGCAAACGGAUGAUCUGAGGCAUCAUAUCCUGUCCCAGUCAGCGCAUGCUGUUCAGCGCAUCGCAAGAGCCACGGUCAGCAGGGCGAAUUGUGAGUCGUGGCUUCAUGUUUAUUUUGAGUGGAUGGAUAAACCUGAUCUGCAGGCCCAGGCGGCUGUUUUCCGGGGACGACUCUCCAGCUACUUUCGGGACGUGGCGCAGCUGCUCUCACUCGGUGCGACGCACACCUCGCAGCUGUUGGUUCCCCUCGCAUUCGAACGAAUGGGUAGCCACGCAAGUGAUCAGCAACUCCACGGUUGGAUUAAGGACAUGGAACGUGUGAAAGACAUGCUGCGCACGAAAUUAACCGGAUGGUUACAGGACUUGCAAUUCGCCAGCAAACAGGUGGAGCACUACGAGGUGGAAGAAGACGAGGACAGGCCAGGGCACUUGAUACUCAGACGAGGAGUGGCAGCUGGAGGACAGAAGCCACGAUACGCUCUCCGUGGACACUGACUGCGUGCAGCUGUUGGUGAACGCCCUGGACCACCCCACGUGUCCGCUGGAAGACCUGCCACUGGAAGCCGUGAAGCAGCGCGAGCGGUGCCGCGAGCAGCUGUGGGACGACGUGGUGCAGAGGUCGCCCCACGUACCCGUCACCAGCUACCUGGCCUACACGCAGAGGGCGAACGUCAACCUCUGUCUGCUGGCCUGGAUGGCGGUCAACUCGUACGGCAUUUGUCAGGACGUCCCGUUUAGUAUGCUACAGUGCGUGCA